AUGGCGUGGAGUCGAAGGACAGCGCAAAGCAAGGGGAACAGAGCAGACAGACAAGUCGAUGAGAGGGCAGGGAUGUUGACGAUGGAAGGACUUUCGAGCUGGAAAUCAGGAGAAAACAGUUGGUCUUCCUCUAGUCGCGCGCUCUCCCACUACGUCCAGAAGAUGCUGGCCUAUGUCGAGAAGCACGACCAUGGGAGCUGGAGAGCUUUGCCGGCGAAAGCCGGGCUGCAGCGGUGUGGGAAGAGUUGCAAGUUGAGGUGGACCAACUACCUGAGGUCGGACAUCAACAGAGGGGAGUUUAGUUCGCAGGAGGAGCAGACCAUCGUCCAACCGCAUGCCCUGCUCGGGAACAGGUGGUCUGCGAUCGCGACGCACUUGCCGAAGAGAACGGACAAUGAGAUCAAGAACUACUGGAACACGCACCUAAAGAAGCGGUUGGCGAAGAUGGGCAUCGACCCGUGCACGCACAAGGCGAAGACCGAUGCCCUCGGCCCCGCCGUCGACGCCGGACCCUCCCGGAGUGCCGCCAACCUCAGCCACAUGGCGCAGUGGGAGAGCGCGCGACUGGAGGCCGAGGCGCGCCUCGUGCGCGAGUCAAGGUUGAGAGGGGAGAAUGGAGAUCGGCGUAGGAAUAUUAGCAGUAUAUCUGCGAUGAUUGAAUAA